AUGUCGACCACUCUCGGCUCGUUCAUUGCAGGAGGGAUCGCCGCCUGCGGUGCAGUCACUGUCACCCACAGCUUCGAGACGGUGAAGAUUCGGUUACAAUUGCAGGGUGAACUCCAGGCCAAGGGAAGUGUGACGAAAAAGUACAAAGGACCUUUGCAUGGUGUAAAGGUCAUUUGGCAGAAUGAGGGUCCAAAGGGUUUAUUCCGAGGAAUUGGUUCUGCCUACAUAUAUCAGGUCCUACUGAACGGUUGCCGUCUUGGGUUUUAUGAGCCCAUCCGAUCCAAUUUUGCCUCGGUCGUCUACAAAGACCCCAGCGUCCAGUCUCUUGGAAUCAACGUCUUCGCAGGCGCUCUUUCAGGAGUUAUCGGUGCCGCCGCUGGAUCACCGUUCUUCCUGGUCAAGACACGUCUUCAAUCCUACUCCCCAUUCCUCCCUGUCGGCACUCAACAUAACUACAAGAACUCGUUCGAUGGCUUGAGCAAGAUCUACCGUUCCGAAGGCAUUCGGGGUGUGUACCGGGGAGUCGGCGCUGCUAUGAUCCGAACUAGUUUCGGUAGUUCCGUACAGCUUCCAACCUAUUUCCUUGCGAAGCGAACCCUCACGAAGCAUUUGGACCUGGCCGAUGGGCCCGCUAUGCACUUAUAUAGUAGCGCACUUUCUGGCUUCGUUGUGUGCUGCUUCAUGCACCCUCCAGACACCAUCAUGGCUCGGUUGUACAACCAGACCGGAAACCUUUACGGCGGUGUGUUCGAUUGUCUGUACAAGACCAUCCGCACCGAGGGUGUGCUGGCCAUCUACAAGGGUUUCUUUGCCCACCUUGCCCGAAUCCUUCCCCACACUAUCUUGACCCUCAGCUUAGCCGAGCAGACCAACAAGUUCAUGCGUCGCGUUGAGGACCGUAUCCUUCCUGACUCCCUCCGUGGCAAGAUCUGA